AUGAAGAUCGCUGUACUUCUUUUUUCAUCCCUUGUGGCCCUUGCAGUAGCUAGCCCUCUAGAACAAAGUCCAGAAAUUGAAAUAAUUGAGAAAGGAAUUAGUGGACAGGGAACAACUACUCGUUAUUGGGAUUGUUGCAAACCUUCCUGCUCAUGGAAAGCCAAUAUUAAGACUCCUAACAUGGUACCGGUUGCAUCCUGUGAUAAAUCUGGAAUAAAUAAACUUGCUGCUGAUGUAAAAUCAGGUUGUGAUGGAGGUAAAGCUUACAUGUGCAACAGUCAACAACCCUGGGCAGUAAACAGUACUUUGGCAUAUGGUUUUGGUGCCGCAUCUUUUACUUCAGGAGUUGAUGUUAACUUAUGUUGCGCUUGCUUCUUACUUAGCUUCACCGAUAAAAUUGCAAACAAGAAAAUGAUCGUACAAGUUACAAAUACUGGUGCUGAUUUGGGCAGAAAUCAUUUUGACAUUGCUCUUCCCGGAGGUGGUGUUGGAAUUUUCACACAAGGUUGUCACGACCAAUGGAAUGCCCCAUGGAGCGGUUGGGGUGACCAAUAUGGUGGAGUUCACAACAGAGGCGAAUGUAAUACUCUUCCUGCAAAUUUACAAGCUGGAUGUUACUUCAGAUUUGAUUUCUACCAAAAUGCUGACAAUCCAAAAAUGAAUUUCCAACAAGUCAAAUGCCCUGCUGAAAUCGUUGCUAAAUCUGGUUGCAGUCUUUAA